GAAGAGGAGGAGGUGCAGUCCCACAAUACCCGGCGGAGGGCGGGUGGGUGGUUAGUGUCUGAUCUCUGCGGCGCUCCGGUCCCCGGCGGACUCAGCUGCCUCUGUCUCUUUAACGCGAGAGGAAGCGAUGCGGAGGGGUGGAAAAUGGCAGAGCUGCAGAUGUUACUAGAGGAGGAGAUCCCGUCUGGCAAGAGGGCGCUGAUAGAGAGUUACCAGAACCUGACCCGGGUGGCGGACUACUGUGAAAACAACUACAUACAGGCUACAGACAAGAGGAAAGCUCUAGAAGAGACCAAAGCAUAUACAACUCAAUCUCUAGCUAGUGUUGCUUAUCAAAUAAAUGCAUUGGCCAACAAUGUGCUCCAGCUGCUGGAUAUCCAGGCCUCUCAGCUGCGGAGGAUGGAGUCGUCCAUCAAUCACAUCUCACAGACUGUGGAUAUUCAUAAAGAAAAAGUGGCUCGAAGAGAGAUUGGUAUUUUGACAACAAAUAAGAAUACAUCAAGAACUCACAAAAUAAUCGCACCUGCAAAUAUGGAGCGUCCUGUCAGGUAUAUUCGGAAACCUAUCGACUACACAGUUCUGGAUGAUGUGGGCCAUGGAGUUAAGUGGCUAAAAGCCAAGCACGGAAAUAACCAGCCUGCAAGAACUGGCACAUUGUCGAGAACAAAUCCUCCCACGCAGAAACCACCAAGCCCUCCUGUGUCAGGCCGAGGAACUUUGGGGCGGAAUACCCCUUACAAAACCCUAGAGCCUGUUAAGCCUCCCACAGUUCCUAAUGACUACAUGACUAGUCCUGCGAGGCUUGGAAGCCAGCAUAGUCCAGGCAGGACGGCUUCUUUAAACCAGAGACCAAGGACGCACAGUGGGAGUAGUGGAGGAAGCGGAAGCCGGGAAAACAGUGGGAGCAGCAGCAUUGGUAUUCCCAUUGCUGUGCCCACACCCUCCCCGCCCACUGCGGGCCCAGCAGCCCCUGGCGCAGCUCCUGGUUCCCAGUAUGGCACAAUGACCAGGCAGAUUUCUCGACACAACUCUACCACUUCUUCGACAUCUUCUGGUGGAUAUAGACGAACUCCCUCUGUGACUGCGCAAUUCUCUGCUCAGCCUCAUGUUAAUGGAGGUCCACUUUAUUCUCAAAAUUCAAUUUCUAUUGCCCCUCCUCCUCCCCCCAUGCCUCAGUUGACUCCACAGAUACCUCUCACAGGCUUCGUGGCCAGGGUGCAGGAAAACAUUGCUGAUAGCCCAACUCCACCACCACCUCCUCCACCAGAUGACAUUCCCAUGUUCGAUGACUCUCCACCUCCCCCCCCACCUCCUCCUGUGGACUACGAAGACGAAGAAGCUGCAGUAGUUCAGUAUAGUGACCCAUAUGCAGAUGGGGACCCUGCAUGGGCUCCCAAGAACUAUAUUGAGAAAGUUGUUGCAAUAUAUGAUUAUACAAAAGACAAGGAUGAUGAGCUGUCCUUUAAAGAGGGUGCAAUCAUCUAUGUCAUAAAGAAGAAUGAUGAUGGCUGGUUCGAAGGAGUUUGCAAUCGAGUAACUGGACUCUUCCCUGGGAACUAUGUUGAAUCAAUCAUGCACUAUACUGAUUAGUUUUCCUUUUGUUUUCUUUUCAUGUAGGUUAUUACUCUGUCAUUCUGUGGGACUAUAUGGUUAACAAUUGUUUUAAUGUUUAAAAUGUGCCCAUAUUUUCAGGACAUGUUUUAUUGGUAUAUUUGGAUGUCUACCUGUAAGCUUAAAAUUUGGAGGCAGUUCAAACAUUGUUGAACAGCAAUUGCUGUCAGACUGCCUGUAAUUGAUCAUGCAUAUGUACUCACACCUUGAUACGUUUAUGACCAGCCUAAAAAUUCUGGGGAUGUGGGUUAUUAUGUUUAACAAAUCAUGGUUCAGAAUGCACCAUUACAUGUUUCAGUGCAGCAUGGUCACUAACAUUGUGUCAGACUAAUAGGAAAAAAAAAAAAAACCAGAAACUUCAAUGCUGGUGCUGGUCAUACUUUUGGUUUCAAUUCUCAUUUUUAAAAAAGUACUGUGUUUAAAGCAUGCAUAAAUUUUUAUGUAUUGAAAUAUACUUAACAAUUCAAGAAGCUUCCAAUUUGUGUAACAAUUAUCUGGAGUACUACUCAUACUUGAGUCUCUUAAGUUCUCCAUGUGAAAUGAAAGACUAUAUGUAAUGUUGUAAUUUGUAUCUAAGUUUUUUAAUGAGUGAGAUUUGCAUUAUAAAUUUUUCCAUUCAUAAAUACAUAAGUAAACCAAAGGAUUUUUGUCCUCUCCUUUACUGGUUUGCUUUAAUCAUGUGUGCUCAUGCAUAUGCAUGCACACCCCCAGCCCCUUAAAAAAGAUUUAUUGCAGAAUUAUGGUUCUAUUUUCUCAAUGCAUCAGUUUGAAAAUAUUUUUAGCUUAAUCUUAAUGUGUCCAAACAGCAAUGCGACAGAAUUUUGCAGAUUUUGGAGCUAGACUGUGUCAGAGUAAGCACAUGAUAUUCUGGGGGUAACAUCUGAAGGAAUGCUACACUUGACCUUUUAUAUUUUAAUGAAACUGAAUUUACACUGACUCAGUGAAAGGAAAAUCUUUUACAUAUUGUAAAGAUGGAUGCAGUUAGUUUGUGGAUAGGCAUAUUUAAUCCAUUGCCUGCCACUAGAAACAAAAUUUUUACAAUAAUUGGGAAAGAAACUAGGCCAUGUAAUAAGCAGGUUUGUAUUGUAACUUAAAUGCAACACAUGCACUUUGUGUGUCUCCUUGAUUUAAGGGAGGGUUUGAGGGAUACUUCUCUUGUAUAUAAGACUGUACUGCUUAGGAUAUUAAAGUAGAUCACACAAGUGUGGGUUUCUAUGUAUUGAGGGUUACAGAUUAUGACAGCAUAGUAAGUGAUGAGAGCAGUGCAAAAUAUUUCUGAAAAUUAAAGACCAUUGUUCCUACCAAAUCAACUAUUCCAUAUAUAUUUCACCUUUGUUAUUUUUGAAGUACUAUGUCAUUAGUGAUCAGAUAGCUAUAUUAUGCUUUCUUUUUGAAGCAGAAUGUUUUCUUCAUUUGUAAAUAACCUGUUGUCUAAAUUUUAUCUACAGUCUUUUAUAAUAAACUAUGCUCCUAUACAAAAAAUUUGGAUAUCGUUAAAAUAUAACUAACAUGGAUUUAAA